AUGAAUGGCGGUCUAUCACCAACAUUAUCUAAUUGCAAUCUAACUUAUCCACUUAUCGGUAAAUGGUUUCAACCGGGUAUUAACGAAUUAAUUUAUAUUAAUGAAACAUAUGUAACAUCGAAAGGAACAUGUAUUGAACAAGAUGCAAUAAACAAAUUUAUAUUUUAUAAUGAUCAAGCACGAUGUAAACGCUGCAUAUUAUUUAUUCAACGUCAUAUUAAUGCUUUACAAUUUCGUGAGAGUGAAUGUUAUGAAUUCGAUGAUCCUGUUGACCGAAUAUGUAAUUCUUUGACACCAGAUACACCACUAUACACAAUUUUUCGCGAAAAUUUUCAAGCAAUCGAAUGUCCAAUUCACGAAUUAUGGAAAUUAAAACGUGUUAAUGAAAACAGUCUCGAAUGUACACCAAAAUCGUUUCACAAUUGUCUACCGUCUAACUCAUUCCGUUUAACUUACAAUAAAUGUAGUAUUGAUAAAGAUGUGACGGCAAAGUGUAUGGCUAUUUGGUCCGAUGGUCCUAAUAAUUACGUUGUAGCUAGAAGUAGUAAUCGGAAAAAGUUUAUUUGUUUUUCAUAUACAAAAGCCAAACAUGAUGAUAAUCAUCCUCUUGAACUCUAUUUACCAUCCGAUGAUUCAUGUCGAGAUUUAUUAUCAAGAGAAUCAGCAACCGUAUUCACUCUUGACUCAUCAUCAUUAGCGACGUCUGAUAUAAAUUUGUCUUUACCGCAGUGGACUCUCGGAAAGUGGUCAGUUGUCGGUGGAAGUUCAAAACACUUUUAUCUUAAUCGAACACAAAUUAUCCUCUACUCAAAUGGAAAAUCGACACAAGUUUUCAAAUUAACGAAAUUACUACGCAAUAAAAAACAUGACGAUUAUUUAAACAAUCAGACAACGAUUCGUAUUAAAGCAAAAGCAUUGGAACACUGCAUAUCAAUAACAUACUGUAUCACACUGAUAUUUCGCUCGCACCUAGUUAUCGAUCUUUCGUUAGUAACAGGUGAACAGGGUUGUCAAGAAAAUAAAUCAAGGCAUCAACUGCAAAAAAGUGAUACAUCCUACACAUUAUUCAAACAACCAAACAGUAACUUUGAUACUUCAACAGACCAAACGAUGUGUCCACAAAGUGGUAUUUUUAAAUCGAUCAGUAAUUAUCGACCAGUGAUACAAAUUUCAGCGUGUACAGGUGGGAGUGUAUGGACAUUAUUAAAUGGUUGUGAAAAACCGAAUGAAUUAACAUUUACGACGACUUGUAGUCAUGAAAUAGUUCCCGAUGUUCAAGUGAUAACAGCCAUUAAAGGCACUUGCCUAGCGACUUGGUCAGAUAAAAAAUUUCAAAGAACAUUAGUCAUAUACGAACAUUCAAGAUCUUUUUGUCUGAUUCAUCCAACAAAAAUUAUGAAAGCUUCAUGGAUUCUCUAUGGUCAAAGUUGUAACGAUGUUCAUUCUAUUUAUAAUAAUGGUGUAGAAAAUGGUUUACAUUAUACAGGACAGUGUACAACAACAAAUAAUCAACAGCAGCAACAAGUACCAUUAAUUCGUCUUAGUUCCAGAACCGAUAAUAGAUCAUCAUCAAACACAAUUCGCAAUAAAAGAAGUAAUUUUGAUACAAAAUGA